AGGCGCCAUUUCCCUAGGCCUGGUUGUAUUUUCACUUGGUUUAGCUCUACGGCUUUGUUUACGUGACAGAGGCGCUAUCCUAGAUGCACUCAUUAUUCUCAGCAUGGGCUGGUGGAUUGAUCAGUGGCCAUUUGGUGCCCUAUAUCACAAUGCGCUUUCAUGUCAAAUACAUGUUAUUAUUUCGAGUGCUACUCUCGUGAUCUUUUUAACGUUUUGGCGCGGUUGGCAACGGAUGACCCGCCUAGAAGACCUCCCGUCAUCAUUUGAUACGCAUUCUUCAUUUGCUAAACCAUUGUUCUUUCCAUGCGAAACCGCUCAUACAAGACAUUUCCCCAAACGGCAUUCUUUCUGUUACUCAUAUCUGCUCGUUGGCAUUCCAGUUGGCAUGCGAAGUCGAGUAGGGCCAGUACUGUCCGUCGAUAGCGAAGCGCGAAACAACUGGUUUACAAUAAGUGCAGAUAACUACUUACAGCGUGGUUAUUCUCCUGGUGGACUUUCAGAGAAGCUUCACUCGUAUCUUCUUUCUCAAUGUUGCGAUCCGAGCGAUUAUCCAUUUGCAUAUUUGGUUACCGCACCUGCGUUUCUUGGCUAUUCUUUCAACCCGGUCUCUUUCUGGUACCUCUACUCCCAUGAAAAGAUCCUCCAAGCUAUGAUUCUGGAGGUCAAUAAUACAUUCGAUGAGAGACACAUGUAUUUUGUCAAGCCGAAGGCUGGCCCUGUUGUCAAUGGAAUCGGCGAAAAGCUUGUCAAUAGUCAAAGCUAUACCACAGACCAUUUAUCAAGCCUGCGCAGUUCCUGGAAGAAGGAAUUUUACGUUUCACCAUUCAAUAACAGAGACGGAUUCUACACAUUCAUGGCAAUUGAUCCCCUUGCCAAUUGUAAAGAACGAUCUCCGACUAUUUGCAACACCGUCGUGCUCAAUUCGGCAGGAAAUAAACCAAAACUUACCGCAAGUGUGGCUUCAGUAGCAAAAGCUAUUGAUCCGAGUCUGCUGACCGGCUGGGACGCCUUCAAAUUCGUCAUUACGUGGUGGUGGGCUGGACUAGUCACAUUCCCUCGCAUUCUCAGAGAAGCAGCCAAGCUGUUCAUCAAGCGAAGGCUCAAAGUGUGGAGAAGGCCAGUUGUAACAGAAAACAGCAUCACAAGACAUGCCGACUCCAGUGAACGCUCAAUAGAGAGAUGUUUUCACAGCUUGUUGGAAUGGCAGGUUCGACAUGCAAAAUCACCAUUGCGGGUAAAAUACACUUCUUGUGCAGGAAAUCGUCCACAAACUGAGUAUAUCAGCUCAUUGCGGUGCGCUGAAUCAGAGGAUGCAACAAACAUACAAAUCACAGAUAUAGAUAUCAAUAUCCUCAGUCCUGACUUUUAUCGCCAUUUUAUCCGAUAUGAAGACCCUUUUGAUGCAAUAGAAGAAGAAUCAGCAGGAUAUGCUCACGGCCAAGCCACGGUCAGGAUCUCAAAUUUGGAGCUACUUAAGGCAAUCUUAUCAAAUCCAAAACUUUUAGACUCUGCAACAGGACGAGACAAAGCACAGCAUAUGCGUCCAUUCGACUCCUGGAGAUGGCGCCUUCUUGCCCGAUGCCGCCAAUUCACAUCGCUUCGCCGCCACCACGUGUCUGGACGCUCAAUUUAUGCAUCUAGAGCACGGAAUGCCCCUGACUCUGUUCUUGACAGCUUUGCUAAGCGCUACUUGUCUGUAGUCGAAGCCCAGGAUUAUCGGCGCGCUUGCCUUACCGUGAUUUUGACAGACGAGAUUGGGUUCGGCUUUCCGCUCCUCCUGCAAAUUUACGACUUUUGCCUAAGAUGCGCUUUGGCUUUUGCUUCAAUGCAAUCUGCUAGGUCAGCUCCUGCUACGAUUCUCGGUCUAUCAGGCUCGUGGCGCUCGUUAUUAUUCGCUGGCACUUUUUGGAGCAGCCUUCAUGCAUGGGCAUUCCUAAAAUCCCGGUUAUAAGCUUGUCGAUACCAAAUUUCAUUGGCACACGUCUCCUUAUCAACCAGGGAGAGUCAGAAUUUUGAUCACAUUUACUUCUGGACCGAUCAACUUGUGAGCAAUCGACUUAUUACCGCGCGGUUGUACCGUUAUCACACAUAUGCAGUUGGGUAUUCUCGGUAAAUCGUACUGCAUUUGCCCCCUGCAAGAUAUCCGAAGAUAAUAGGACCAUCCACCGCAAAUGCAGCCUACUGUGCAUCUGAUGGACAAUCCGUCUCAAAGGCAUUGCAAAUGGUGUCUCAAACCCCUAUCUUCUUAGCUGAAGGC